ACAUUGAGAUCUAAAUUGAAAUAAUUAUCACAAUAUUCAUUAGUGUCAAUAUUGGUUAUUUAUCAAGUCAGUAGGCCUAUAUAUAUGGUACAGAUAAGAUGGGAGUACCCCCAUCUCCAUUGAUUGUUCGUGUUCAGUCUCCAGACCAUGGAACAAAGAGAGUGGAAGCCAAACAGAAUGAGACAGUUGCUGAUUUCUUGAAUAAGCUUCAAGCUGAAUUUGGACUGGGUGACACAGGAUGGAACGUUUAUAAAUCUAGAGACAAGAAAGACUGGAUCAGAACAUCUCGUGCCAGAACAUUGGACUCCUACAAAAUUAGACAUGGAGAUAUGCUGUACUUAUUUUUGGCCAGCAAGACAACAAAGAAUCAAGACUUCGGAAACAUAGGACAGAAUAUUGAGGUAUCACCUGGCUCCUCCCAGAUGUCAUUGGGUAUGUCUUCACCUAUCCCUGGACGGGGAGGAGUUAUCGAGGAUGAGGUGGACCAGAUUCUGGACAAAGAGGAUGGCAAGAUUUACAGAAAACGCAAUGAACAAUUAUGUCACCAUGGUCCACAAGGAAAAUGUCUGCACUGUGUACCACUGAUGCCAUAUGAUGAGGAAUUUCUACACAGCUGUGAUCCUCCUAUCAAAUUCCUCUCAUUUCACUCACACUUACGUAAACUGACUGGUGGUGUGGAUAAAGGGAAAUUUGCCUUCUUGGAAAACAUAAGCUGCAAAAUAAAGACUGGAUGUACAGAACAUCCGCCUUGGCCUGGAGGUAUCUGUACAAAAUGUCAGCCCAAUGCAGUCACACUCAACAGACAGAAAUACAGACAUGUAGAUUACAUAAUGUAUGAAAAUGCCUCUAUUGUUGAUCGAUUUCUUAACUUCUGGAGGACAACGGGCAACCAAAGAAUUGGAAUUAUGUAUGGAAAGUAUGAGCCACAUAAAGACACACCACUGGGUAUAAAGGCCACUGUUUGUGCUAUCUAUGAACCACCCCAGGUUAGUUCUAAGAGCAGGGUGGAACUGCUGGAAGAUCCAAAAGAAGACUUAGUCAAUAAAGUGGCUGAUAGGCUUGGUAUUGGCCCAGUAGGCUGGAUAUUUACUGACCUCAUCGCCGACGACCUUGGAAAAGGAACUGUAAAACACUUCAGAGGAAAUAUUAAUUCACAUUUUCUAAGUGCUGAAGAAUGCAUCAUGGCAGCAGAUUUCCAGAACAAACACACCAAUCCAUGUAAACUAGCUACAGAAGGGCACUUUGGUUCUAAGUUUGUCACAGUUGUCGUAACAGGUGAUGCCAGUAACCAGAUCCACUUUGAGGGCUAUCAAGUAUCCAAUCAGUGUAUGGCUUUAGUGAGAGAUGACUGUCUGAUACCAACCAAGGACGCACCAGAACUAGGCUACGUCAAGGAAUCCUCAGACAAGCAGUAUGUGCCUGAUGUAUUUUACAAGAUAAAAGAUAGUUACGGCAAUGAAAUAACCCAGCUAGCCCGUCCCUUACCUGUGGAGUAUCUACUCGUUGACUUGCCAGCAGCCUUUCCACUCACAGCACAAUAUACAUUCAAGUCCCAUUUACAUACAGAGAUCAAACCUUUCUCUGCCUCCAACAGAGAUCAACUAGGGGAAGCUCAGGACUUCAAUGCCCUGGUGAGCUAUUUGCAGCAGUUUCCUCCUAACCGAUUCCUGGAAGCCAUGUCCGAUUUCCAUAUCCUCGUUUUUCUUGGUACCUCUGACAUGUUACCAGUUCAGGAGAAAAUUGGAAUGCUAUUAGACGCUGUUAAGAUAGAUGAUGAGAAACUUGCUUCUGAUUUCAAAAAGACAGAAGAAUGGGCAACAGUAGAGGAGAUGAUGGCUGCUCAUGAACCAUCUCCAGGUCUGUCCAGGGAGAGAUCAUAUGUAGGACCUGGAGCGUCUCCCCUCCCACCGAUUGGGGCAUCUCCCGGGACGUCGUGGACCUGUGCACACUGUACAUUUAUAAACUCCUCAGACAAAAGUGCCUGUGAUAUGUGUUCGUUACCAAAGUAACAACAUUGAGUGUGCUUGCUAUUCAAAAUGACAACACAUAAUGAUUGAAAACUAUUUAUAUUUACUUACAAGCUUAUGAUACAAAAGAAAGUCUUUUGCUAGACUUUGUACAUUGGAUCACCAAACAUCACUUAUGCAUGUAGCCCACGUUACUUGUUGAAGCGUAAAGUGUAGUGCCUAGAUGCCUUGAGUUUUUUUGUAACUAAUGUAUUCAGAGUCAUUUAAAGGUUUUGUUUAAAUGUUUUGUGUUCAUUGGUCAGUCAUUCCAACCUUCAAAUCAGCGUAACACGGAAAAUCCAUGAACUUCUCAAUUGUUUCUCCAAACUUUAAAUCUUUAAUAUUCUUCAAAGCAUUUUAAUGUUCUUGUGUUAAGUUUGAAAGAGCAUUUUUUCAAGGUGAUAUUGCUUCAUAUGUGCAUUAGGAGAAAUUUAUGAAAUAUACACCGUGGUAUUAUUGGAAUCCAUAUGUCUGACUAAAGUGAAGUAUGAAACAAUACUUUUUAUGGAGAGUUACUUAUGUCAUCAGACAUUCACUUUUUCUGUUACAUUUUUUAUUGGCAUUUGACAAGUCAAUACUGUAUAUUUAUUUGGUUCUCUUUGUAUGGUUGGGUAUGUCAUUGUUUGUUAGACAAGCUGUGUGUAAGUAAGAUAUAGGUGUACAUUGUCAUCUAUAUCCUAUUGUGAGGUCCAGUGUAGAUAAUUUAUGACUAUUUGUUACAGGUUUAUAGUAAUUAACUGGGUAUAAGCCCAAAGAGAUAGUCAUUGAAACUGGGAUAGAGUAAUAGGGUAGGGACACGUUUCUCAAUUUAUACAACCUAAAUAUCCAAAUAAUGCACAUAUCAUUAACUUCAUUUUGACAUCAAUUAUUCCGAACAUCACAUACUUUCCAGAACUUGAAUUUUGUGUGUGUGUGUGUUUUUUUUAUUUAAACAUUUACAAUACCAAGUUAUUGAUCAGGUAUUUCUACAAAUGUCUUAGAAACUUCUUUAUAAACUAGAUAUGAGAGGUAUGUUAUCUAAUCAAGCAUGUCUAGUAAACUGAUUAAUAAAAAGAUACAUAUUGAAUUUAAUAUAUGUUACUUUGCUUCAUUUUAGCGCCAUUUUCACUAUAACUACCCCAUUUCUUCUUAGCACAGAUCCCUGUAUCUCUGAAUAUCUCACCUUGACAGACUGUAGUUACACAUGUAUAUCCUUUUGAUUGUUACAGAAACUGAAAUGUACAUAGUAAAGUAAGGAAAUCAAUUAUCAAUUGAUUCCACACGGAAAAUGUGUAAAUACCUCGUACAAUAUGAUGUUUGAUUUUUGUCUGAGCUACUAUUUUGUAAGAAAUUCAUAAACUGAACAUGUUAUAAAUAUGUUCAUGUGAUGUAUAGAAAUGCUCCUAACAAGGCGUCUGUAAUCCUUAUUUUAUCUGUCUGUCAGUAUGCACCAAGAUCAUACCCAAUAUUACCCUGUUAUCCUUUCUAAUUUAGCAGCAACAUUUGCGUUAUAAGUAACAGGUAUAAAUAUACGUGUAUAUCUAACAUCACUAAUAAUAUGGUAUUUUUGUACAAACAUUCUACAAUUCAUUUAGUGCUAUCUUCUGUAAAGAUGUAUACAGAAACCACCUGUUUAUGAGAAGGUAUUGUAGGAAAGCAUUAUGAAUUAAGGGGAGAAAGAUGUACAUUUUCCUAAGACAGAGAUGAUAUAUCAAAACGUAACAAUAAAUCAUAUGACCAGAUAUGUGUCAUUGCUGCUGUCUACUUCAGUUACAUCUCAAGUGUGAUGUUUUGUUAUAUAGAGAAACCCUACUAUGUACUUCUCAGUUUUCAUCAAAGUAACUCGCAUCCAUGUUAUUAAAGUAAAAUGUUGCAAAUCGCAACUAAAUAGUACUUGUCAAUCAAACCAAGUAUAAGUUUUGAAAGCAUUUUUAUGCAAUAUAUGUGAUCUAGAUUACAGAAGAUACUUGAGUGGGUAAUUCCUCCUAACAGUUUCGUUAUAGUUCACUGUGUUGAUAUUGCCUAAUUUAGAUAGCUUAACUUAUGUACUAUUUAUGUGCUCAAUAAAAGUAUGUAUGGUACUCCAGUACAAAUGCUGUAGAAAUAAAAUAUUCUGUCUGACACCUUUAA